AGCAUCACAAUGCGUAAAUCCACAGGUCUGGUAUUCGACAGAAACAUCAUCCUGUCCAUCUGAGCCACUUGUGGAAACGGUUUGAGUCACAGCUCCACUGAGAGCCUGCUUGAAAAAUGCCUUUCAAAAUAGAGCAGCAAUGAUCUGGACCAGAGCUACAGUAAAGAUGAAUGAGUCUCAUGACCUAUUCUAUCAGGAGGAGGUGCUGAUGGGUAACUCUACCUGGGCAUACACUUACUAUCACCAAAACUACACCCUGCCACCUCCACUGCUACCAGACAAGAGGAGCACAUCUAAACCUGCAGCAUGCUUUGGCAGUAGCAGACAUGCUGGUGAGUGUAUCCAAUGCCUGGGAGUCCAUCAUCAUUUACCUUCUGAACAACAGACAGCUGGUGGUGGAAGACCACUUCAUCCGGCAGAUGGACAAUGUGUUUGACUCCAUGAUCUGCAUCUCUGUUGUUGCUUCAAUGUGCAGCCUACUUGCCAUCGCUGUGGACAGGUACGUCACUAUCUUCUAUGCACUGAGGUACCACAACAUAAUGACAGUGAAGAGAGCUGGCUGCAUCAUCGGGGGAAUCUGGACCUUCUGCACAGGCUGUGGUAUCAUCUUCAUCAUCUACUCAGACUCCACCCCUGUCAUCGUCUGCCUAGUCUCCAUGUUCUUCGCAAUGCUACUCAUCAUGGCCUCCCUCUACAGUCACAUGUUCAUGCUGGCUCGCUCGCACGUGAAGCGCAUCGCCGCCCUGCCCGGCUACAACUCCAUCCACCAGCGGGCGAGCAUGAAGGGGGCCAUCACGCUAACCAUCCUGUUGGGGAUCUUCAUUGUCUGCUGGGCACCCUUCUUUCUUCACCUGAUCCUAAUGAUCUCCUGUCCGCGCAACCUCUACUGUGUGUGUUUCAUGUCCCACUUCAACAUGUACCUCAUCCUUAUCAUGUGCAAUUCUGUGAUUGACCCACUCAUUUAUGCCUUCAGAAGUCAGGAGAUGAGGAAGACUUUUAAAGAAAUAAUCUGUUGUUGCAGCCUGAGAAACACAUGCAACAGCAUUUGCAAUCUAAAGUACUAAGAGACAGACUGAGAGCAUCAGUGACAGGAUGGGUAGGAUGGACUGACUGAAACUGACCCUAGAUCAUUACUGUGGGAGAUUCUAUCUAAAAGAAAAACUAUAUAGAGACAUGGUUCAUUGCACUUUUCAGCAAAAACAGUUUAAAACAUUCUUUUUUCUAACCCUUAUGGAACUGU